AAGCAAUCCAAGAUGGCCGCUGCGACCACAGCGGGGCUCGAAGCCCACAAUAUGGAAGACAAGAAAUUCGAAUAUUUCUCGUCCAUCAACUCCAUGGCCAAGAAGAUCAUGCAGGAGCGGGAGAAAAUCAAAAGCCAGCAUGGCUCGACGUGGGAGAAAAUGUCGCCGCAGGAACAAGACAGCGCCAUCGACAACUGGAUGAUGGAUCCUCACAUACGAGGCCGAUACGCGAUGCACAGAGUAGACCGAGAGGAGGUGGUCUGCUACCCUAAACUGCUCAUACAAACCGGGCAGAAGAUUGUCCAUUUCGGGGAAGAGGAUAUCACGUGGCAAGAUGAACAUUCAGCCCCCUUCUCAUGGGAAACCAAGAGCCAGCUGGAAUUCAGCUUGACAUCAGGCGCUGCUGACCCGGCAGUGUUGGUCUCUCAGGGGGACCCAAAAACUGCAAAGACCCCCCACUCCAAUCAUCUUGGCAAGAGUACGGCUGCAACAAAGGUGUCCGUCAGCGAGAGCAGGAGGCCUGAGGAGGAGUCUGCUUUCUGGAAGAUCAGUGCAGAACGCUCCAGGCUGGAGGGGGAGCAAGCUGACUUCCAGUCGCUGACCCCCAGUCAGAUCAAAUCCCUAGAGAAAGGAGAGAAGCCACUGCCCUCCUACCUGCGCCAGGAAUCAUCUUUCCCUGCUAAAGAGCAGCAGGAGGCGGCGGCAGAUCCCCACCCUCCGCCUCCGUCCAGGCCGGCCAAGCAGCGAGCGCCCAAGCCCCCGGCGCCGCAGCCUCCUGCCGUUGUGAGCGCCACGCCGGCGUCCAUCUCCAUCACGCCCAGCCCCGCCCCUCCGGUCAGCGUCUCGUCGUCGGUGGCGGGCUGGGAGCGAUCUCAGAGCACGCUGCCGGUCGUCGGCUACACCGUGGAUGAGGUGUACUCCUCCAACAUCCUCUCCAAGUCCCCCGCCCUCGAGAAGGAGGAUGAGGCCUCGCCCAGCAGUCCCGUCUUUUCCCAGUUCAACACCAGCAGCAACAUCCUGAAGACAGGGUUUGACUUCCUGGACAACUGGUAAGCAGCAGCUGAGUCGAGCUGCUGCGUGAAAGACGCCGUCAGCACCACUUCACGACUCCACAGCCAGAUUCAUCUGCCGCAUCAUCGUCCCUCCCCAGUUAGCUUGGAACACUUCCUGCACCUGGACUCCUCUUAGGACCUCUCCCAAUUUGCUGUCUCGUCCACCUCGUUAGCACUCAGAUCACACGGUCCUUGCUCCUCCCCCGUCGUCAUCACAGUCAGACAAGAAUGUCGCAGUGACACCAAUGGAAGCGCCUUGUGCUUGGAGAGUAAAUGAACGAAGCGUUCCAAGAGCAGUGAUGGCUCCUUAGCUUGCUUUGCGUGAGCCUACAAUUUCCCGCCAAGCCUGCGUUGACGUGGCCUGCUAGCCAGAUGCUAAGCUAUCGCUGCACUUUUCUUCACAAGGAAAUCCAUGUGGUGUUAUUUAGUAUACUUGCUUACAUUAGAGGGUGAAAACAUCAACAGCUCUCAGUGCAGAAAGUCUUUCAUACGAAAAAGCAUUCAUGUUUGUAAAGGUAGAGUUUUCAGCACAGCAAACCAUCUGACUUUAUGAAGUUUUUCUAGCAGAAAUGGGAGCAAACAGCAUCAACAACCAGCUGGCUUGUAUUGCUAAUUCCACUCUUUUUAUAUUGGAUUGUUCCCAAGAUGAGUACAGUCGUCCCUCGCCACUUUGCUGUUCAAACAUCGCCCCCUCACUCUAUUUUGAAAAUGAAUUCAUGAAUAAAUGACUGCUGUUUUGUGGUCGACUACGGCCUACGAUUAGUAUUUUUUGAAGUGACCACAUUUUUGAAGUGACUCCCUUGGUCUUAGCUGAGCGUAGGCUCAUGCGAGCCUCCUACGAGUAACGUUGGCUCGUCUCAGACCUCGCCGGCCUCCAAAUGUGACUCGGAGCGCCGCAAAUGGCCCAUGAGUUUGAGACCCCUGGAUUAGCUGGUACAGAACACACGCACGCUAUCAUCACGGCGCAUGCUCAUCUGCAUCUUUUUGUAUGUUUGGAAUUUACCAGCGAGAAGAUGAAGUGCUGCGACAUGUUCAGUGGGGUUGGGUAUCGUUUGAAUCGUUUGUUAUGCCACCAUUUUUCCCGGUCGACGGGCCGGUCAAUCACCCAACGCAGGCAUCGAAAUAAAAAAAAUAUGAACGAUUCCGGGAGAAUCGGAACGUUAGCCCCGGUUUUGAUGCCCAACCCUAAUGUUGAAGGUUUUGUAGGCAAUUGUGAUGCGUAUAUAAACGCUAUCUUGCUCCAGUUUAUAAAUCAGCUGGUUUACACUCCACACGUGUGCUCGCAUUGUACUUCAUUUUCAAGUCACACAUUAGAAUAAAAGGAAGAAAUGUCC